AAAGAGUUUAAGCUCAGGACAGAGGUGAGGUGUUUAUUUCAAACUCCAGUCCACAGGAAGAGUCUACUGGUGUGCGUGACUCUUUCACUUCUCAGCUUUAAACAACACAGGCCAUGUCUGGUGUGAAGAACAGUGGUAAAGCAGAUGGAGGAGACCAUGUGGAUGCCAGGAAAGCAGAAGCCACACCGGCAGCGACUCAAAGUAAAAGCGUGCAUGGCAAAGGCAGCACAUUUGCUGAUUCAGAUGUAUACCGAAUGGACUACCCUAAACUUGGGAAAUGUCUUAUCAUCAACAACAAGAAUUUUGCCAAACAUACAGGCAUGGCGGAACGCAAUGGAACUGAUGUUGAUGCUGCAAACGUAAUGAAAGUCUUCUGUGAUCUGGGCUUCGAAGCUGUGUUCAAGAAUGACCAAACUGUUUCCCAGAUCACAAAUCUUUUAAAAUCAGUAUCGAAAGAGGACCACAGCAAGUCGGCCAUGUUUGUGUGCGUGAUCCUAAGUCAUGGGGAUGACGGAGUGAUCUACGGCACUGAUGGGAUCAUUCAGCUGAAAGAGCUGGCUGGACUCUUUCGAGGAGAUCGGUGUCUUUCACUAGUUGGCAAACCUAAACUUUUCAUCAUUCAGGCUUGUCGUGGAACAGAUUUGGAUUCUGGCAUUGAGACUGAUAGUGUUAGUGAUUCAGAGGGCACACAAAGGAUUCCCGUUGAAGCAGAUUUUUUGUAUGCGUACUCUACUGCUCCAGGUUAUUAUGCUUGGAGAAACACAGUCAAUGGAUCUUGGUUCAUAUCCAGUCUAUGUGAAAUGCUUUCUAAGCACGGCAGAGAGAUGGAGAUUAUGCAACUUAUGACACGUGUCAACCGCAAGGUGGCGUUGGAGUUCCAGUCUUGUUCCUCCGUUCCUGGUUUUAAUGACAAGAAACAAAUACCCUGCAUUGUGUCCAUGCUGACCAAAGAUCUGUAUUUUCCAAAGUGAUCAUCUGAAUUAAAACAAGAAAAUGCCUUUAGGUUAAAAGGGAAUUCAUAAUCUACACAUUUUAACAAUUCCAUUUUUUUGUUCGUUUGUAAGCAGUUGACAUUUGUUAAACUGUAUCCUGUACAAUGUAAUGACAUAAUUUGACAACAGAUAUAUUCACAUUGGCAUCUGAGGCAUAAAAUCUACUUUUUUUUUACUUUUACAUGCAUACAUGCAAAUCGUACGUAUCAUAUUUUUCCACUCACUGCAAACCCUGUAUGAUCUACUGAAGUAAGAUAUGUUAACACAUGUCUUUAAUGUUUUCUGUUUUAUUAAAAAUCAGGUUUUUUAAACCUAA